AAUCUUUUUGAAGGGUCCGCAGGCUACAAAGCGAGAGAGAGAGAGAGCACUCGUCGGUCGGACAGAAUAAUUUUCCGAGAAAGAGAGGAGCAAGAAUAUGUCGUCAGCCUUCUACUGCCCGGAGAUGUCGGCGGCGCAGAUUGCCGGCGUUCUCAACGAUAGCGGCAUCGCCAACAUCUCUGAGUCGGACCUCGCCGCCCCCACUGCUGACCUAGCUUGCGCUCUCUAUGCCAGCGUCAUCAACUACUUCCAACCCCUCCGUGAAGACGUCAAUGCCGACCUUGAUUUUGGCGCUCUCCAGCUGCUGGACAACCCCGAGUACCACGAGGAGGCCAUCCGAGCCAUUAACCUAUUCCACCGGAUGAAUGAGUUCCUUGUUUCUAUAAAUUGCGAUGGAUUCAAGCUCUCUGACUUGUUGAUGCCGGAACCCCGGAGGAUGAUUCUCAUCUUUAGCGCCAUUGUCAAUUUUCUCUACUAUAGAGAGGAAAAACUGGCCGCUUUGCAAGUGUUUAUGGAUAAGCUACCUGCGUGCGAUGAGAGAAGAAGUGAACUCGAGGAGAAGCUUGCAGUGUUAAAGAAGCAAUGUAUGGAUUAUGAAGUUGCACGGAAAAAGGAGGAGCCUAUGGUUCAUGAGUUGGAUGCAGACGUGAACAAACUAAAGCAAUCUAUACAGGAAUAUAACAAGCAGCAAAUGUUGAUGAGGAACCAGGCUAAAGAGCUCAAGGAGAAGGCUGAUGCCAUCGAUAGCAAGAUCUCACAAGCAGAUUUUGAGCUAUUGAAGAAGGCGGAAGAAAACAACAAAUUAUUGUCUGAAGUUGUUCAGUCUCCAGACAAACUACAGCGGACCCUCGAGGAAAAAAGAAAAAAACUUUCUGAGGUGAAGAAUUCUGAGAGAAUGUCAAUUCAAAGUGUCCAUGAGAAAAACACGGCUCUAGAGGUGUGCUCUAAGGCUUCUGAAAAAUUGUCAAAACUUUUGGCCCUAGGCCAGGCUACUCAGGAACAAAUAAAUUCAGCUAAAAAUAUAGAGAAGGACUUGAAGGCUUUGAAGCUCAAGUUGAGUAAUGAUGCGGUUUCUGAUAUGUCCCUUGAAGCAAAGAUGUUUGAAUUGCAAGGGAAAGUAAAACAAGCUGAGGAAUUGCUGAGAGCAACAGAAAAGGAGAGACAAGUGAGACAAACAGAGGAUAUUCAGAAACUCAAUAAUGCGAGGGCAGAAGUGGAAGAGAAGCUGAAAAGCCUCGAGCAACGUGAAAGGAAGCUUGAAGAUAUGGUUGCCAGGAUUGACAGUUUACGUCAAGAAGCUGAUUCAGUUAGAGAACGUGAAAAAUUAAAGCAGCAAAAGCUCUUGUCCAAGCUCGAAGAACUUGUACAUGCGUUUCACAGCUACCAAAGAAGCAAUUCACUUGAGAUAUCUAGAACUAGUGAUGUCUAAAAAUAGCAUCCACUACAUGGUUCCUCCCACCUGAUGUGAAAAGUGAUGCUGCUCUGUUUCUUUUUCUUUUUGUUUUUGUCUAUUUUGCUUUGGUUAGUUUUGUUUUGUGUGUGUGUAAAUACAAUGAGAUUGAAAUGUUAUGUGUUAACUGGUUUUUUCUUUUACUUUGCUAGCAUAAAUAUUUGUUUCAUUUGCAAGUAGGGGUGUUAAAGCUCGCUCGUGUUUGGCUCGUUUAUAUUUCGAGCUCAA